AUGGUCCACCUGAGGGCGUCCGAAGUCCGGCAGCUGCUGCACAAGUUCGUGGUCGUCAUGGGGGACUCGGUGCAGAGGGCCGUGUACAAGGACCUGGUGCUCCUGCUGCAGAAGGACUGCCUGCUCUCAAGCAGUCAGCUGAAGGCCAAGGGCGAGAUGAGCUUCGAGCAGGACAGGCUGCUGCACGGCGGCUGGUGAGGCCGUAUGCACAACGGGACCCACUACCGCGAAGUCCGCGAGUUCUGCUCCACACACCACCUUGUGCGCGUCUACUUCCUCACGCGCUCCUACCCCCGGUACGUGGAGAAAGUCCUGCUGGAGCUGCUGAGGGGCGAGCACGGCCCAGACUUGGUCAUCAUGAACUCCUGCCUCUGGGACCUGUCCAGGUAUGGCCAGGAUUCCAUGUGGAGCUACAGGAGGAACCUGGAGACCCUGUUCUGGCGCCUUCGCCAGGUGCUGCCCGGGUCCUCCCUCGUGGUGUGGAACACUGCCAUGCCAGUGGCUGAGACGGUCUCAGGUGGUUUCCUCCCACCUCAGGGCACGCCCCCGACCGCGUGCCUGCGGGUAGAUGUGGUGGAGGCCAACUUCUACAGGGCCGCUGAAGCCAGCAGGCUAGGCUUCGACGUGCUGGACUUGCAAUUCCACUUCCGGCACUCCUGGCAGCACCUGCAGCCAGAUGGCUUGCACUGGAACGAACACGCUCACCGAAGGCUCUCACAGCUGCUGCUGGCCCACCUGGGCGACGCCUGGGGCAUGGACCUGCCCUGCGAUGACCCGUUAGGCAGGUGGAUCUGGGAAGGACCUGGGAGCCUUCUCAGAGGGCCCGCGAGCUACAGGCUGCUCCAGCCCCACGGAAGUGAAUCCGGUGAGGAGGCACCGCCUUCGUGCCCACCUAGGCCCGCGCGCCCUAUCGCUCAGUCGCGGACACCCCCUGUAUCCCGGCCCAAGUUCGCAGGCGCUUCCAGCCCCGCCGCCAUGGCUCCACUUUGCCCUGGGACCAAUCCCUGCAGCGCCAGCCAUGCUCUGGCGACGCCUAUGCGCAGCACAGUAGAUAUGGCGAGGAAGCAAACCUGA